AACCCAUCUCAAAUUCGAACAACAAACCAACCCUUUAAUUUUCUUCUUCCCUCCAACACAAAAAACAAACAAUCACAUCUCAUCUAGACUAGACAACACUUUCUUAAAACCCUAACUCCUCCCCCCCAGAAAUGGAGAAAAUAGUAAAACUUGCAUCAGAAAAUGGGAUCUUGAUCUUCAGCAAGAGCACAUGCUGCUUAUGCUACGCGGUUCAGAUUUUGUUCAAGGAGCUCAGGGUGCACCCUCGCAUCCACGAGAUCGACAACGACCCCGACGGCGUCGAGAUCGAGAAGGCGCUGAAGAGGAUGGGCUGCGGCGGACCUCUGCCGGCGGUCUUCAUCGGCGGCAAGCUCGUCGGAUCAACCAAUGAGGUCAUGUCGCUCCACCUUAGCGGAAACCUCGUACAACUUCUCAGACAGCAUGCAGUUUGAAGAAUCUUAAUUAAUUAAUGUUUGUUUGUUUAAUUUGAGGAAUUUCAUGAAUUAGUAGUACGUGGUUGAUUAGGGCAGAGUGAAUAAGGUGUUAGAAAUUCAUCAUUAAUGGUGAUGGGGCUGUUGAUUAAUUAUCUAUAAGUUGUAGAUUUCUAGGGUUUAUUAGAUGAUAAUUAAAUAAUCAUAUAUCAUAUAUGUUAGAAUGUGUUGCAUUUGACUGUUAAAUGAAGUUAGUUUUUUAAUUA